AUGGCAAAGAGCAGUAUGCACGGUAUGGACAGCCUAUUGGACUGUCGAGGGCUGGAACGCAUGGAGCGGACCUGGGGUAGCCGUGAUCUGGGGUUUGAGGAUAUUUUGUCCCGUGGGGCCUGGUGUCCUUUGCAUUUCCACGAAUCACUAGCGAGCUCAUCCGGAGGCUGGGAGAAAGUCGACUCCACCAAUCGCGGGGGAUGGAAGAAACAGUCCAGCACCAGUUUUGCACCAGAAAUGACCGGCUAA